UCCCAAAACUAUCGGCGUUGAGCACCCAACCCCCCGCGCCAUUCACACACAGCAUCUGCACCUCCACUUUUUCCACCCUUCUUCUUCUUCUGUCUCCCUCUCUUUCUCUUUCAACCCCCCACCGCCAUUCCGAACUAGUUUCGCGGAGAAUCAGGGCAAAUCAUAUUAUACCGCGAGCGGAUUUCUUUUUGGGGGGGGAUCGAUGCGUAUAUGCGGAUUGAUAAGUUGAUUGCUGUGUUAACGGAUAAUUGAGUUCCGAAUCCUGUGAUGGGAUCGAUUUUGGCUUACAAUGAUGCUCCCAUUUUGUUACAUCUCAUCAUUGCGAUUCUUUUCGCGUUCGUUUGCUUUGCCGCCAGGUUCCUCCUUGACAGAUUCAUCUUCCGUAGACUUUCUACUUGGCUGCUGAGAAAUGGAGUUACCAAUCAAAGGAUGAAUGAGGCUACAAGAGCAAAAGUUGUGAAAUUAUCUGAAUCCAUGUGGAAAUUUACAUACUAUGCCACUGUUGAGUUUUGUGUCCUAAGAGCCAUCUAUGAUGAGCCAUGGUUCCUAGAUACUAGGCAGUAUUUCAGAGGCUGGCCAAAUCAUGAGCUACCGCUUGCCAUAGCACUUGUAUACAUGUGUCAAUGUGGAUUCUAUAUCUAUAGCAUUGCUGCCCUUCUCGUCUGGGAAACUCGACGAAAAGAUUUUGCUGUAAUGAUGUCUCAUCACGUAAUCACUGUCAUAUUGAUUUCAUACUCAUACAUUACAAGGUUCUUUCGAAUUGGAUCGAUUAUUCUUGCACUACAUGAUGCUAGUGAUGUCUUUAUGGAAGCUGCUAAAGUGUUCAAAUACUCUGAGAAAGAGUUUGGUGCCAGCUUAUUCUUUGGGCUAUUUGCAAUUUCAUGGCUUGUUCUCCGGCUAAUUAUUUUCCCAUUUUGGGUCAUAAGAUCUUCAAGUUAUUAUCUGAUCGAGGUGUUGAGGCUCCCAGAGCCAAGUCAUAUGUUAUUAUACUACGUCUUCAAUACUAUGUUGUUGAGCCUCCUUGUGUUCCACAUCUAUUGGUGGAUUCUCAUAUGCUCAAUGAUCAGUAGACAAUUGAAAAAUAGAGGACAAGUUGGGGAAGAUAUACGAUCUGAUUCAGAGGAUGAAGACUAGUUGGAAAGAUAUUCUGACUCCUUAGUCCUUACCCUGCAUUGUAGCUGCCUUGGAAGAUUGGUUUUAGAUUGUGUUGUUGUAAGUUUGGCUCUCCAUCUGAUCUUUUUUCUAGUUUUCCUUUCAGUUAGACAUAGAUGAGAUGACAUUUUAAUGCUACACGUUGUUCCGUGUGUCGUUAGUGUCUGUAACAGGUAUAGAAACAGCUAAAAGAAUACAGUUGUAGAGUAGAUAGAAUGGAGCAUAAUAUAAUUAAUUAAUUAAUAAAUAAAAC